UGGGAGUCUAACUCUUUUCUUAUGUAAGCGCUUUCUUUUGUUCCAAUAAAUUUGCAUAGAUGCAGACCAUGUGAGUAAAAACGCUCUAAUCGCUCUUGCCUUUAAAACGAAUAAGAAUAAUGCCUUGUCUGCGUUACGUUGUCUUUGAAAUAAAGGCUGAGUUGCCAUUUUUUUGAACCAGCAGAAAGAGUUUUGAGCAAUUGAUUGUUUUUCUAAAAGGAACUAGGAUUUUGAAAUAAGAACGAGGUGUUGCAAUAUUCGGCUCGGAGCAGCAGUACCUUGUAUACAUACUCCUAUUUCAAUAAAGGUUGCUUUGGGAAUUGUGCUUUGGUCUUUGAAAGCCAUUGUGUGUUUCGAUGACCAAAUCCCGAAGCAACCUUUAUUGAAAUAGGUGUAUACACACAAAUUCCUUAAAAUAUCAAUAUCAUUAUAUUUACAUGCUUGAACAUGGUUGUAUUGUUUGUUUCUCUGUCCACCCUAGGAAUCGAUUAUAUUUUUUAAACAGAAAGAAAAUUACUGCUCAGCAAAAAAAUAUAUUAAAAAACUGGAAAAACGGGAAAAAAUGAUAGGUUUCCGUACUUAUGUACAAAAAAAAUGACUAUUUACCACUAUGACGAACUCCUGCUUUCAGGAAAAAGUCUUCAUUUUUAAUGUGCGCGCUUAACAUGCAUAAAAUUAUACGCAGCAAGGAUGUGCAGUUCAUUAUGUUGUUUGGUCUGUUGUAGGGAGAUGGUGCCAGCUCUGGAUGUGAUUCACUCGCGCGUUGGCUGUUGCCAGGGUCAAAGACGGAAGCGCGGGAAGACACCGCCACCACCGACAUCACCGUCACAGUUACCUUAGCAACCAAUCUAGCGAAUCAGGAUACUCAGCCAUGUCUGCUCCGGCUCCAAAGAGCUCCCAGGUGCUGUUGGAAUUAGGCCCUGAGACAGCGCCCCUACCGAAACAAGGACCAGGUAGUGUUACGUGUAGUUUCACUUAACGGACAGAUGGAAAAUGAUUCAAUAAACUGUUAAUUUGACAGAACAAAACGUAACGCCCACUUAGCAAGGGUGUAUACCACAUAUGAUUUCAUUGUUAAUUUAUUAUCUAUAGUGAUUUUCUUCAGUCAUUAUCUUGGCCCUUGGGAUGAGUUUACAGUUUGACUUGUUUCGAGCAAGUCCUCGAUCCGUCCAUACCCCAAAAAGGCAUUUCAAACACUCGUCUCUAUAGUGUACCGUGAAAGUGAAGUGUGUAUUUAUUUAAUUGUUCUAGGUUCCAAACAAACAGGACAUGUUAUGAAUACAAGCAACAGUCACUCUUCACCAACAAGACCCCCUCUGGGGUAUGAACAGCAGGGUUUGUUUUCAAGCCGACUGGGAUCUUCACCUAGAGAGGGGAGUCCUGAUAAAACAGGACAGUACCUUAAGCUGGAAUACCCCAAUGGAGUCAUAAUACAUGACACCAGAAACCAAGGACGCAUUCCAAGGUAAGGCUAUAAGUAGACUACGAGUACUCCCAUUUUUCCUCAGGGAUAAUAGAGCGAGCGAAACGCGAGCGCGCGUGAAAAUCAUCCCACGCGAGAAAAGGCGACACGCGUGUGAGGAAAAAUGGGGACUACUCGUAGUCUAGGCUAUAAGGAUAAGGACAUAGACUUCUCUCAUAUUUUCUAUUCUCAGUAGUGAAAUGAGGCUAUAUGUAAUUUAGGCAAAAUAAAAUUGCAAGCCAGUGCGGUCAAUGGUCUCCUCCUCAAGCGUACGUGAAAUGAGGGGUGACCGUAGGGGCCUUUGCUUGUCUUGUGACUUAUGUUGCAUCUCAUGCUGGCAUUUUGAGCUCCAUCUUUGCGGAUUCUGGCUUUGGAUGGACGAUAUGCAUAGCACUCGAAGCACUCGUAACAGCCAAGAUGCUGCCUUUUUCGCGGCCAGCGAAACGGCUAGUUCGCCUGCGUCGGCGAGUUCGGCGCUUCCUGCUGUAGUGAACCAGUAGUGAGGUAGAAAUAGCUUGCGGUCGAGGCAAAUGCCUCCGAUUCAAAUGAACAAAUCAGAGCUGAUACCGAUUCGCCACUUAAGAAACGAGAAUGGGACUGGAUCACAGAAGAAGUCCUACACAAUUGUUUCUGGGAUCGGGGUACUCGCCGGUCAGCUAUUUGCCGAUUUUGUUUUCCUGUUCCUUGUAACAGUCCAAGUCACGACGGCCGUAUUAGUGUUCCAAAACAAUGAAACGGCGGCCAUGUUGGUGUUCCAAACCAAUCUUGUGAGAGUCGAACUCAUUUCUUAUGUAAACGCUUUCUUUUGUUCCAAAACAUUUGCAGAGAUGCUGGCCACGUGAGUAAAAAGGCCCUAUGGCAGCAAUGCGAGAUUAAAUUAAUAGUUUACGUUAUUUUAUGUUAUAUCUCCCCAAUGAAAUACUUUGUCUUUAAGAGGAAAAGGGUUAAGCUCUGGUUAAACCAAAACGUUCUUUUGUUCCAGCCAUGUCAUGUACCAAGCGGCCUUGGAGCUGAAUGGUACAACUCGACAUUAUAAUUCACCAGGAAGAAACACGACUACAGAUUACAUUGAAGUGGUGAGUCGUUUUUAAAAGCCAAACACUUCUUACUUUGCAGUUCUUUUUAAGUUCUUAGAGUGAGCAACAUCAGUUUUUUCGUUCCUAACAAUACCAAUACCUGAUUAAGAGCAAAGGUGACUUGUGUGCGUGUGUGUGUGCGUGCGUGCGUGUUUGUGUUUUAAAGAAUAACAAAACUACAAAAGAAUAAAGUCAAUCUUGUUAAAGGGCCAUGAUUAGUUUUACUAUAAUGUGCCCUUCUCCAUUCUAAUUUUCUUCUUUUAUUAUCAUUAUUAUGUACACGUAGUUUAAGCAACUUUGUACCAAUUGAUAUUGUACAACUAGUGUAUUAUUAAUAUUGUACAACUAUUGUAUUAUUGUACAGCUAAUGUAUUAUAGGAUGGAGUAAAAAAUAAAAUACAAAUACAAAUACAAGAGCAAAGGUUAUGAGUAACCUAAAAGAGGAUUACCGAAGAGAAAAUGCUUUGAUCUUUUAUCAGCUUACUAGGAUCCUAUAUCUAGGAAAGGCUUAUGCAUGACAGCUACUGGCAUUGGUUUCCAUAAAUGGACGGAAGUAAAACUUCCUUUGCAUUAAAUUUUAGGUUUCAGGUCCGACAAGGAAGGGAGACCCUCCUCCUUACUACUAUUCUAGCCCACAAGCCAUCAGUCCAGCAAGUAAAUCGACGGUUCUUUAGAUUGCCAGAAAAAUUUCUCUUUCAUGAGGAACCUCGCGGGUGCUAUUUGUGCAGACUAUCUCGCACACACCGCAUCCAUUCAAAUGGGACGCAAGGUUACGGUAGGAGACCAGGUGAUUUCUUACAUCACUGGAUGCACUCGUGAAGAAUAAGAAAUGAGGUGAUUACUUAUUGGACAUCUAAUGUCACGUGAUGUCGAGCUCCCUCAAGCUCACACCAUGGAGACCAAGUUUGACUUUGCCUUGUGACUUUCAUGGCUGAAUUUAACUCUUGUCCGUUAUUUGGUUAUGGCAACCUUAAAACAGCGAAAGAGAGCUAAGAAACUAGCUGAUGAAAGACGAGUUGUUCUUUUUUGUUUUCAAUACAACUUUCGCAAGAAAUUUUGCACCAAGCACGCAGCGUUAUUCCUUUCUUGUGUUUGAACCCACGGCUUGCGUGUAUUGUAUACAAAGGAAAAAUGAUACUGGACUUUAAAUGAAGCGUAUUACUUUAUUUUAUUUUUAUUUUUAUUUUUAUUUUUAUUGCACUCGAGUUCGACGUGGUAAAAACUACAAAUUUUACCGUAUAAAUAAGCCCGAAAACGUUCUGCAAGAAAUUCUUCGAAGGGUGUUUGCAAGAAGUGUAAGAAAAAGUGGGAAGAUUUUAAAAUUAUGACCACCCCCCCCAAAACACACACCCACACCACACCCACACACCAUUUUUAAUUUAAUUUCUUCGUUGAGUUUCUUUUUUUCGAUUUUAAAAGGAGCUUUGUGUUAUAAACACGUGCUUAGUUCAUUUAUUUACCCUAAAUUUGGUAAGAUAGUUAUGGCAAUAUUUUUCCUCAUACAAAGUUUUGAGUUGCUCAAAACGGUGAAGGCUUCUGUUCUCUUCUCUUUUGCGCACGACUUGUGCAGCUAUAAGAAUCGCGGAGAAUCAGGUGACGAGAAUGGUCGUAAAAGAGUGAAGGCCCUAAGGGAAUUAAUUGAGUUUUUAUGUAUAUUAUGAAGUAUUUUGGCAAUUUGCAAAUCAUUGAGCACUAUUAUUUGACUUUUCACCUCUAACCCUUGAAGCUCCAGUAGUUUAGGAUUGUGCAACUCAGACAGUCUUGGUGUAAAACAAAAUAGUUCCAUGGAGUAAAUUCUCCUAUAUUCACAAAAAAUAAUAUGGAAAAAUAUUGAUCUCACUUUCGUGUGCUUUGAAAAGCUCAGCCUCUUAUUCCUUGGAACGCAGCUCUAUUUUUAUCAAGUUUAUGAUAUAUGUACUAAUAUAAUGAUGGAAAUAGCGUGAAUGCGUUUAUGUCAAAAAUGGUGUAGCGAAAUUUCCUUGUAAAUAUGCUUACGGUUAGAUAGCAUACAACUGUAUAUUUAUAUGUCGAAAUUUUUACAAUUAUUCUUAAAAGAAUAAUUGCCAGGUGUCUUAAGAAUGUUGAUAUUUUUAUUUAGUUCUUAUUUUUAUUACGAUUUUAUGCAGCAUUAACUUAGAACGGAUAAAAACUUUCUUACUAAAUGUAUAAAGAAAAAGGAAUUUUUUAAACGGUGGCUUCACAUAAUGUUUGCUAAAAAUUGGCCAUAACCAUUGUUUUUCGAUGUUUGUGCUAUCAUUUCUUUCGUUCUCUUGAUAGUAAUUACUACGUUCUUUCGUAACGUUUAUUCUAGAGAAGAGUUGAACGAUUGGGGCUUAGUUAUUCAUAAGCGUCAUACUUAAUAGUUCUAGAUUCUUAAUUGUCUGUUAUACAAGAAUCGUGUUUACUGUGUAAGUUCCAUUUCCGCUGCUGUCUCGGUCCUUCUGCUCUUCUUUUCUAUGCGGAAGGUGUACUUAUUAACUUUGUAGCUUCAGUAGCAGUUUUUUAGAAAUUGACUUCUAUUCCCCGCGUUCUUAUUUUUGUCGCUUUUGUGACGCAACGUAUUCGGGCCUUUGUAUUUUAACUGAAUUCAGCUUAAGGCCUAUUUCUUGGAAAAGCCUUUCAUGUUAUUUAUACCGCAGUUUUCUAGUUUUGUCUCGCGUGUAAAAUA